UAUGGACCGGACCUUUUUCCAAUCACCUCCAGCCAAACACGGACAAACUGUGUGUGAAAAUAUCUCCACGUCUUCUUCUUCUUUUUCAUAUUCUGCUUAUUUUUCCCGGUUUGGAUUUUACCUUCAAGAAAAGUUGGGAUUUUGAAGUUACCGGCGCUCUUUUUGUUUUUUUCUUGCUAACGUUAUGUUGGGAAUAUAACGUUAUCUUGUCUACUAACAUAUAAUAACAGCUUAUAUCUAAUGGAUGCAAAUGCAGUACACUGUUGGAAUAUAUAUUUUUUAAUUCCUCACUUUUUCUUUUGAGGUGGAACAAAAGUUAUUUGUUGUGUUUGUUUGUUUUGUUUUAAGUGGUGGAUAAUGCAAUUUUCUUGUCAUCGCGACUGUUUCAGUAGUUUUGUCGUGUUUUACGUGAACUGAAAACUUUCAAAUAUGAUUUCGGAGGAGAGAAGCAGCCACGUAAAUAAACAAGCCCUGAACUUCCCUGUGGGUUUACUGAUCCGCUCUCCAAAGAAGCGCCUGGCCAAGCUGGGAAGGAAACCCAGCAAUGGAUCUGUCCAGUCCAACAACUCGGACAGCACAGUCCGCUCCGCAGAGAGCACGGGUGUCCGGCAGCCAGCCAAGAGCAAAAUCCGCCGGCACAACAACAGACUUUCAACUGUUUUCAACUACAGCCCCAACCUGCGGGACAGCGGACGACGCGGCCAGACGAUGGGCAGCGGGACGUUGGCCGGAGACCUCCAGGCUGCAGACGACCCGGCCGAGCUGUCCAGCCAAAUGUCUGUCCCCGGCAUCCUGAAGAUCUUUGGCAGUGACAUCUGCCAUGGGACCAACUACAAGAGCGUGCUGGCCACCACGCAGUCCAAUGCAAAGGAGCUGGUGAAGGAGGCAUUGGACAGGUACUGCCUGGAAAAAGAAGACCCCAACGACUACGUGUUAUGUGACGUGAUCGGUCAGACGGGCGCGGACAACCAAUGGAAGAGAGAGUGUUUCCGCGUGGUGGGAGACAACGAGAAACCCCUCAUGCUGCAGUCGCUUUGGAAACCCAAGGAAGGCUUCUCCAGACGCUUCGAAAUCCAGAUGCGAGCGAGCAUCGAGGAGCAAAGUUUAAAAGACAGAGACACAGUCACAGCAGGCAUCAACGCUCAGGCCCGUAAGCUGCAGAAGGGCCGCUCCAGAGUGACCUCGCUGUUCGUGGACGGCAGCGUGGAGGACGUGGACGGGCUCGGGAUCUGGAGAAGCCUGAGUGAGAUGGAUCUGUCUGCGAUGGGGAAGGAGGCCAGCCGGGCCCAGCAGGGCGCUCUCAGGGAGGAUCCAGAGGCCGAGGCCGACAAGGAGGUCCUGAGGCUCGGCAUGGAGAAGGAGGAGACGGAAAGUAGUGAUGACAACACCACCCAGUACUCCAUUCACCCGCCCUUCGACUUCCCUUACUUCCUCCUGCUGCAGGGCUACAACCACAGACAGGAUUUCGUUAUCUAUCUGAUGAGUGGGACCACCACCAUCUUCGGCUGCUGCAGGGAACACUGUAACGGAGAAGAUGAGGAGAGAUUAAAGGUCGACAUCCUCCUCUUUGCUCCUGAUGUGUUGCCUCAGCACUGCUGCGUCAGACGCCUGGACUCUAACAGCCCAACCUCCACGGGGGAGCCCAGAAAGACAUUGACAAUGCUGAAGCCCCUCCACGGUGCUCCGGUCACCAGGAAUGGUUUUCUCCUGAAGGAGGAGGUCGAACUGAAUCCAGGGGACUUGGUGGGUUUGGGGAAACACUACUUGUUCAUGUUUAAGGAUCCUACGAGCACAUCGGGAUCCCUCCAAACCCCUCCUUGGAUGACCAGACUCUGCCCGAACUCUGACACAAAGCUGUCGUCCUCUUGUUCAUCGUGCGGCUCCUCUAUCGCCCUUAAAAGGUUUCAGAGGAAGGCUUUACCUCCUCGCUGGAGGGACCUGGAAGGCACGGCGGCUCUGCUAAGCUACGAGCUGGAGCAGGAGGAAAGAGUCCUGCAGGAGAUUUUGGACAUGUUGGACCCGAGUGGGAACGAACCAAAACUGACGCCUGCUUUCCUGCUCAGCCUCUGCAUCCAACACUCGGCCUCCACGUUUGAGCUGACACACUUCAGACAGCUGCUGCUCCGGAUAGCCAGUCAGAUCCAGCUGGUUAUGUGGGAGAAGACAAAGGAACUUGCAGCAAUCCAGCCAGAAACGAGCUCCAACGACGGGCAGAACGAGCAGCUGCAGAUGCUGAGCAUGGACGAGCUGAUCCCAGGUCUGCAGCCGCUGGUGCUGUGGAUGGCCAACUCCAUCGAACUGCUGCACUUCAUCCAGCAUGAAGUCCCUCAGCUGCUGCCCUGGAGGCAGGACCAGGAGGACGAAGGUCUGCCGGACUCAGAGAUUAUAUCCACUCGGACAGCGUGUGAAGAAGCCAUGACAGUCCUGGAGGAAGUCAUCAUGUUCACCUUCCAGCAGUCUGUCUAUUAUCUAACAAAGAGCAUGUAUUCAGCCUUGCCGGGUCUGCUGGAUGGGAACCCGUUCUCGGAGAGCGGCCAGCUGCGGAUGCCCGACGGACUCAGCGGCAUCCUGGAGGUGCUGAAGGAGGCACUGAAGCUCCUCACGGCCUUCCAGGUUCACCCGGAUAUUUCUUUACAACUGUGUGCCUACCUGUUCUUCUUCAUCAACGCAUCGCUGUUCAACGCCCUCAUGGAGAGAGGAUCAGUCGCUGGGUUCUACCAGUGGUCCCGAGGUGUUCAGAUCCGGGCCAACCUGGACCUGCUGAUGGACUGGAUCCAGAGCAUCAGUCUGGGCGAUCUGGCCACCGAGUUCUUCCAGAAGCUCUCAGCCGCUGUCAAUCUUCUGGCUACACCCAAAGAAACACUCAUGCAGGCGUCCUGGAUGUCUCUGAGGGCCGAGUUCGCAGCGUUGAACCCGGCACAGCUCCACCACAUGCUGAGGGAGUAUAACUCUGGGAAGGUCUGUCCAGCCGGGUGGAGCCCGUCACCGGACGACGCAGACGACGCCGUCAGGACGGCCAGUGGAUGUGCUGAGAGGAAGACACACAACGUGGAAGAAAGACGAAGAGGAGGAGGAGAAGAAGAAGAAGGAGAAGACAUAGAGGAAGUGUUCACAGUGGAGCUGCACAGAGGACCUCACGGACUCGGCUUGGCGCUCGUAGACGGGAUGAAGACGUCGCUGAGAAUGAGCGGGAUUUACGUGAAGUCGGUGGUGCCCAACUCUCCCGCCGCUCAGUGUCAGAAGCUGAAAAUGGGCGAUCGCAUCCUGGCGGUUAACGGCGUCAGCCUGGUCGGCAUGGAGUACAACAUCGGGAGAGAACUGAUCCGGACGUCGGGAGAUUCGCUCAAACUGCUCGUGGCCAAGAUCGACUUGAAAGCGAGCAGCUCGGUUACAACUAAAUGCUGAGAGGGGCGAACUGAGGAUGGAGGACGGAUGAUGGAUGCUGGAGCCGCUGGAUGGA